GAGAAGUUAUUAUUAUCAGAAAAGAAAAAGAGAUCUGGCGGAGAAGGAAACCAAAAUCUCAAAACGAACAAACUUGGCUCCUUCCUUCGGAUCGAAAACCCUAAAAACAAAUUGCCUCGAUUGGUGAACAGCUUUUCUCGAGAUCUCCCCCUAUAUCUUCUCCAUAAUAGCAUCGGCAAUUUCGAAAUUGGCAUGUGUUAAGGUGAUUCAAUUGUAAAUAAGGGAUUGGUUGCAAUGGCAUCAGCUCAGGUUAAGCGGAGGCAAGAGGCUGGACGGCGUAAGCUUGAGGAGUUCCGGAAGCAAAAAGCAGAACGAGAGAAAAAGGCAUCACAGAAUAGUACCGCACAACCUGUUGAUAACACCGUCGCAGAUUCAGAUGGAGAAGUUGCUGCUGCUGCAUCUAUCUCUAACGGACCUCUCAGCCAAUCUCCUGAAACCUCCUUCAACCUAACCCAAUCCAAAUCCUCAUCUUCUUCAAGCAAGAGAGAUGAGUCAGUGGGCACAUCUAGUAGCUUAGAGCUGAGAGGUUCCUCUAAUGACUUUACAGUGAAUAUUAGGAGGCCUGAAGCGCUUAUACCUGAUAGCAAUAGAGACAAGCAAUUGAGCGAAAGUGAUGGCUUUACCAAAGGCGCAUCUUUUGCUGGAAGCACUUUGUUGUCAACCUCCACGCAAAUGCAUGGCAGUGGAUUAAUCUCAUCAAGAAAAGACUCUCUACAACCUACUACUCAGGAAAGUGGUGAACUUAGAGGAGGAGGUAGCAGCAUCGUGCAGAAGCCAACUUUGUCUAACAGUUAUUUGUUUACUUCUCCGGACACAUCAUCUCGACCUUCGGAUGAUUACGGUGCAACCUCUUACUCUGCUAAAAAUGAAGCAACUGUGAAGAGGAAUCGUCCAUCUUUCCUUGAUUCCCUUAAUAUCUCCAGAGCUUCCGAGAUUCCUGAAACUUCAAGUGCUUCCCAAUUAACUGUCGGUGAUGAGUCUGGACCAUCUUCACUCCAGUAUUUAUCAGGAAAGAGCGACAGUAACGGACCGUCAUCUGAUUCUCCUUAUCCAUAUGACAAUUUCAGGAGUCCUUCGUUUCCUGUUGCCAAUGGAGUAAUGCCAGGUUUCGCUGAUUACUCCAUCCCAAAGCAAAACGAUGAUUUUAGUACUCUUGAACAGCAUAUUGAGGAUUUAACGCAAGAAAAGUUUUCACUGCAAAGGGAUCUUGAUGCUUCACGUGCUUUGGCAGAAUCCUUAGCAUCUGAAAAUUCUUCGAUGACAGACACUUAUAACCAGCAGCGAAGUAUUGUCAACCAACUAAAAGAUGAUAUGGAGAAGCUACAUCAACAGAUUCAAGCACAAAUGGGGGAACUUGAAUCUGUCAGGAAUGAAUAUGCAAACGCGCAGCUAGAGUGUAAUGCUGCUGAUGAGCGUUCACAAAUACUGGCUUCUGAAGUCAUCAGUUUGGAAGAUAAGGCUCUCAGACUCAGAUCUAACGAGUUAAAGCUGGAGAGGGAACUGGAGAGUGCACAAGCUGAAAUGUCUUCUUACAAGAAAAAAUUACAGAGCCUAGAGAAAGAUCGCCAAGACUUGCAAUCUACUAUUAAAGCUCUUCAGGAAGAGAAGAAGGUCCUACAGACUAUGGUGCAGAAAGCUUCCUCUGGUGGAAAAUCCACUGCUCUCGACAAAAGCUCUACUAGCAGUAAACACGCAUCAACCUCUACAGAAGGCCUAGCAAUCUCAGAUACCAUGACAGGGAGCUCAAAUCAGGAAACAGAUUCUACAGAUCUGCUGGGAAGUGAUUUAUCUAAUACAGCUAUCAUUCAUGAAACUGGACAAUUAACUCUUGAAGGCUUUCCAUUGAGCGUCCCAGCUGAUCAGAUGAGACUGAUCGAGAACAUUAAUACGCUGAUUGCUGAGUUGGCAAUUGAAAAAGAGGAACUGGUGCAAGCAUUGUCAACUGAAUUAUCUAAAACUGCACGGGUAAAGGAGCUGAACAAAGAGUUAUCCAGAAAACUUGAAGUGCAGACGCAAAGGUUAGAGCUACUAACAGCACAGAAUAUGGCGAUAGACAAUGUUUCACCUGCAAAGCAGCCGGAUUCUCAUGUUGUUCAAGAGAGACCACCAAUUGCAGAUGAGGGCGAUGAGGUGGUAGAAAGGGUUCUAGGAUGGAUCAUGAAGAUGUUCCCAGGAGGACCAUCAAAAAGAAGGACGAGCAAGCUUCUCUAAUGCACGCCUUGCUCAGCUAUUCUGUACAUCCUGGCACAGCCACUAUGGCUUCUUCUCUUAUUGUUUUGGAAGAAUUCGUUUAGCUUUUUGAUCCAAAAAAUUGGGUUUCAUUAGGCUUGAGGAAUAUCAAGAAGACAGCAUAUAGUGAGUGUGAUACAGACACUUUGCAAAGAGUUCCAAAUGGAGAGAGACACGAAGCGUGAACAGAGAGAGAAUUUAUAUGAGUGCGUUUUUUUGUUGUUUAUUUACUUGAAUUUUUGUAACUGUUGAUUAUAGUGCAAUAUACUAAUUACCAUAAUAAUCCGGUGUCCUUUUGGUUGGACAUAUAUUUUAUUUACCUGUGCUCGUUUUAGUUUCAA